AUGGGAAAAUUGUCGUAUUUGUACACCGAUUCCGACGAAACAGAGGAAACAUCCAGCUCUGUGGAGUGUGCGAAGAAGAAAAAGAAAUUCUCCAUCCUGAAGUACUCGACCAACAAUGUGAAGAAGAAAGGCAAGCACACCAAAUCUGACCCUGACUACCCCGGCCUCCGGGGGGUGAGCAGCCACCGCGUCCGUUACAAACUGCCGGGAAUAUUGAAGAAUGCCAAUACUUACAAGGAGCGGGAAAACUCAUCAGAAGAGGAAGACGAGCCAGACUACUCCAAGAUGGACUUAUCUAAGGACAGGUGCCUCGUGGGGCGAGUGCCUUUGUCGCCUGGCUCCAAGCCUGGUCGGGGAGGUGGAGUCGCUAUAUUGGUCAGGAAGAACAUAAGCGGCGUGCAGCCUCAGCAGAGCACUAGUAGUACGAAACGGAGAAGAAAGACGAAAUUGAACAGAAAACGGUCUUAUUAA